CAGACACGCACCACAACGAUCAACCCCUCAAGCAGUCAAACACCAAACAGUACUUCAGCUUGCCCUACCACCUUCACUCCUUAAUUUCCCCGCCUUCCUGCAUUUACGAAUAGCUGUUCGGGUAAGCUUUGAGCUCUAAGAUUACCCUUGCUCUCUUUGGACAUUAUUCGAGCUCUUUGGUUUGAAUCGGACAUCGGAUCACAUGUGAGGGGAGACGGCAUACAUCCUCGAAGCAAUCCAUCACAACAUCCCGAAGCUAGAGAGAAACGUCUCUUGAUUUCUCUUCUCCACACAUGCUAUGUUUCAACCAGGUGUCGAUUGAUUGAAAUGGCAUCAUAUCAUCGAGUUCUGAAAGUCUUUGGAAGGUCAGUGCAAGACAAAACGUUACAAUGUGAUUGUGAUAUACACCCCUGGGAAAUCCGUGUCAAUGAUGAAUCCUGGUCUGGAAGAAUUCGACUUAUUGGCUUCGUGGACGUUUUUUUUCUGAUCAGCUAUUCCGGGAGUUCACGUUUUCACGACGGCAUAAUCAUCUACAAGGACGAUGAUCAUAUCGAAAAAAUCUUGGCCGGGAAGGUAUUCAAUGAUAUCAACUUGCUGCCCACAAGUUCCAAGCCUAAAGACACGCCUCCAUCAACCACAGAGGAAAAAACGAACGACAUCAUCUUGACCCCCACGAGCUCUGAGCCAACAAGCACACCUGCUCCAGUCACAGAGCAAAAAACCAAAUACGCCAACUUCUCUCGCGACACAUUCUUCUACAUCGUCACCAGCAUCGGGCAUCCUAUUGGUCUUCAAACAAGGUACAAGGCCUCCAAUCUCAAAAAAUACACAAUUCAUCUCCGCAAGCAUCAGGACCCACUUUUAAAACGAAAGUACAAGAAUGCGCUCAAACAGCACGACACAUUGGAUAUGAUUCAGGAUGCGAUGAAGUUGGGGCUUGUGUCAUAUGCAGAAAUUCUUGGACAUGGGCUGGGUCAUAUUUAUAGAGGAGGUUCGACACUAGACGUAGGGAAGGGCUUUGUCGGAGGUCUUGGUGCGAGUAAAGAGAGAAAAUGGGCUGGAUUGAGUGGAGACAAGGCCUGAAAAUAGCUACCAAGAGCAGAUUAUGUGCUAUGAAUAAUGCUAUUUCGAAUUCGUUAUAGUAACUAGCAUAUCGCCCUGCCCUCAACUUAUCUAAGGAUACUAAGCUCUCCC